GUUUUUGGACUCAUUCACGAUCUUGUGGCUGAGGACGUAGUUAUAAUUUAUUCAAGUCUUUAAUCCUUCAGCUUUGUAGAACUAUUUAUUUCUGAAUUGUUUGUCACAUACUUUGGAGCACUGCAUGAGUGUUUGCCUUGUGAUCACAAAGUAUAAAUAUUUCAUAGUUUCAAUUGUAGCGCAUAGAGACUCAAAAGGUUGUGGUAGGAAAUCUAUAUAGGGUGCUUGUGGUAAGUGUACAUGCAAUUAUUGGUAACACAUUAUUAGCUGCAUUUCAAAUCACAUUAUUGUACGAUGGAUACCUUUGCUGACUUCAUUUUGUUUAAUUCAUGUUUAACCAUGUUUCAUAUCUCACAUUAGUGUUGUUUAUUAGUUAGAGAUUGUUAAUGGUUGCAAUACAUAUAUGUAUAGUUGUCCUAUUCAAAGGAAUCAUUUCACUUUGACCUUGUAUACUGAAGUUUCAUUGGAAGGUUAUGCCAGAAAGUUAAGAAAGCUAAUAUUUGAAUUGAUGGAUUUAUUGCAAUUGCUUGAUGGACUAUGAGUCUGUUAGGGAUUGGCUUGAGCAAGAAGGAGGGACUGGGCAGCAUUAAAAUUCAAUGUGGGUUACGGGGUUUCUUUCUCAUUCCACUAAUUGCUUACAUACGCAAUUCUACAAUGAUCCAAUCAUGGCUUACAUGUUUAAGUAUGAUUCCACUCAUGGAGUUUUUAAGGGAACCCUCAAGGUUGUGGAUGAAUCCACUUUGGAAAUAAAUGAGAAGCAGAUUAAAAUUUUCAGCAAAAGGGACCCGGCUGAGAUCCCUUGGGGCGAUUAUGGGGUUGAGUAUAUUGUUGAAUCUUCUGGGGUCUUCACAACAACUGACAAGGCUUCAGCUCACAUAAAGGAAAAAAUGAUACAUUCAUGCAACAAUGCUUGAAGGAGCAGCUCAUCUUACUUGAAGGAGCAAAAGCAGAGUUAAGGCGUAUAGUGCAACAACAAGAAAAUAAGAUUAAAUAGUUGGAGGAGCAGCUCAUCUUAUUUGAUCAACAAAAACAGAAAAUAAAAAUGCUUGAAGAACAACAUUUUCAAAUGUUGGAGAUGCCGAAAUAUAAAACAAUUAUUUUGUUGAUGUUGAAUGUAUAAUAUUAAACGAAAUGCUUGAAUGUAUAAUAUUAAACGAAACAGAAAACAAAAUGUAAGAAACCAAAUUGGGUAUA